UUAAAAGAUCUACGACAUAACAGUUCUUUUUGAUAAGAAUUGUUGAAAGAAACCAUUCAUCCUAUUUGUAGACUAGUUCUUCAUGUUCAAGAUUAAAUCUACACUGUACAAAUAUGGAGGAGGAAAAGACCAAGAAAAAGAAAUCUAGUAAAAGUCAUAAACAUGAUAAAAAGAGAAGCAGUGAAAAGACAAAGCAUAGGAAGGAUUUGGAGAAGUCCAGUGAGAAGACCCUGACAACAGAGGACCAACAAAAGGCAGGAGAUGGAGGACAGAGUAGUCGUAAAUCAAACGCGGGCUCACCAGACGGAGGAUGUCCCAUCUGUCUGGGUAAAUUGGAUAACACAUCUUUCACAGACAGCUGUUUCCACCAAUUCUGUUUUACCUGUCUGAAAGAAUGGACAAAAGUGAAACCAGAGUGUCCCCUAUGCAAACAGAAGUAUACGAGUAUCUUGUUUAAUGUUUUAUCUUAUGAAAAAUAUGAACAGAUUAGUGUUGCUGACAUACAGAACACUGCUCAAGCUGAGAAUGGGCAUCACAGGUUCAGGUAUCGAACAACAUUAACCCUGGAGAGGCGCUUAAUGUUGGACUUUCCCCAGGCAGACAGGUCACAUAUAGAACAUGACUAUACCUUAAUGAGGCCCUCUAGAACAACCACACGAACACACUCUCUGUGGAGAAGACACAGAGAAAAUGCUACAUCAGACUUCAGAAGAAGUGUGUACACCAAUGGAUUAAGAGCUGUUCAAUUUCAAGAUCAGAGAUUGAGGGAAAGGGACGUAACUCCCGAGUUCUUCACGAGGAAUCCAGCAACUUUACACAGACUGGUUCCCUGGUUAAAUCGGGAACUAAAUGCUCUAAUGAAUAAUGACAGACAUGAUCAGUUCCUAUUAGACUAUAUUCUAGGACUUAUCAAAACCUUUCCAAUCAACAGCGAAGAUUUUUACCAUCAUGUUUAUCCUCACCUCGGUCGUCACACAAGACAGUUUAUGCACGAGUUUGAAUUUUUUGCCAAAAGUCCGUACAAUAUAGGUGCUUAUGAUCAGAAUGUUGUGUAUGAACCACAACCAGUUGAAGUUAUAUCAACAGUGGACACCACAGAGGAUGAGGAAGAAAAUGAUGAUGACGAUGAUGAUGUCAUCAUCAUUGAUCAGGGAGGAUCUAGUACCGACCCCAUUGACCUGUCUGUAGGAGAUUCACCACCACCACAGCCCUCCUCACAAGCACCACCCCUGCCACCAGAACCAUAUCCUGAGGAACCCCGUCUUCCCAAGGAACCCCCUGCUGAACGUAGAGUAAGUACCAACACUGAGGUCACACCAAUUCUAGAUAGGGUCCGACAAUUUCUGGAGGAGCCUCCUAGUCUAUCUUCAGCCGGCUGGGACUCCCCAUUACCAGGACCAUCCUGGAUGGACACCAACAGUGAUUCAGGAGAAAUAACCCAGAUACCACUGCCCCCUACACCACCCAAUGUAUCUACAACCAUAUCCACUGUUACCUUGUCAACAGAAAAGGACCCACUGCCACCACCAAAGAAAAAGGGUGGAAUUCCAGUUUUUCCUCCCAUGCUUACUGAGUUGUUCAGUGGUGCAGGGAAGGCCACCAUCAAAAUUGAAAACAGUGAUUCAGAGUCCUCUAUAGGAAGUGAUGUCAUAUUUGUGUCUAUUGAAAAUCCAUGGGAAGAACGUCCCGCAGUGCUUCUUUCCUCAGAAUCUGAUGAUGACCAAGUGGCCCAACAGUCAUCAAGGACUGAAAAGAAAAAAAGUAAAACUAGACAUGAUGACAAAACCUUAUCCAGAAGACCUGAAGAAAAGUCCAGAUCCAGGCAUGACCAUCAUCGCCACAGAUAUGAUUUGUCUAGCAGUCGAUCAAGAUCAAGGGAGAGAGGCCAUGCUCAUCAUCCAAGAAAACGUCACAAGGAACACCGAUCUAAAGACCAUGAGCGAUAUAGAACUAGGUCAAGGUCACGAGAGAGAUAUGAACCCUAUUACUAUGAAGAUAGAUACUACCCGAGUAGCAGACCAACCUAUGAAGAUGAUUAUUAUUCUAGAAUGUCCAGACCUCGACUCCUAGAAGACCGGCGGGAAUGGGAUUAUGGAAGGUCAUACAAUCGAGUGAUUGAAGCAGAAUAUGAACGUCCGAAAAGAUCAUCCUAUAGGUCUAGUAGCGAAGACUCAUACUUUCACAAAAGCAAGAAGUCCAAAAAAGUCAAGAAACAUAAAAAGCACAAGAAACAUAAAAAGCAUAAGACCACCUAUAUUUCCUCUGACUCCGAUUUUGAAAUCAUUGCAGUAGGUAAACCAAAAACUGCACCAGCUCCAACCCAGCUCACAAUGAAACCUGCUGAAAGUGCCACAGCUGCUGAAACAGUAAAAUACAAGAAACAUCCUACAGGGCACAAGAAGAAGUCCUCCACAGCCACACAAAGUACAGCGAGCACAGAUAGACCAGGGAGGAGCAGGGAUACCCCCGCCAGUCCCCCGGAUGUGGGGGGAAGUCUCAUCCAGGAGAUAUCGGAGGGUAACCUGUGUCUGAGUCCGAUAUCUGACAGCUCCACUGAUUCCCAGAUCAACUUACUCCAGUCUGUGUCUUCAGCAAAGUCCACCAACAAGCCCACUACCUCUGACAGUCACGCUCAAAGCACCAAAGUACACUCCCCCAUCCACACGUCACUCAACAACUUCUUAUCAGACAUAUCAGAUGGAGGGGGGUCAGAAGGAUUAGAUCCGUGCACGACAAACGAUUUACUGAGAUUUCAAGAGAAAAGAUGUCUUUCUAAUCAACUUCAGCCUAGAGACAUCGGCCUUUGUGAUAAUUUUAUCCCGGAACAAUGGUACAGAGUGGACGACGGCGCAGAUAUACCAACAUCAUGUCCAUCUAUGCUUCAGUGUGGAACCGUCUUUCCCGUGUGGAUGUUCGGCACUGUUCCGUCCGUUUCUGAUGGCAUGGUGUUUCGCACGGCCUGCUUGACUGACUAUAAUGGCUGUUGUUCCAGAAAUUGGACCAUACACGUUAAGAACUGUGGAAGCUACAGGGUUUACCAUCUCAAACAGACAGACGCCUGCUCCAGUGCUUAUUGCGUUGAAAAGAGAAUCAACAUUACAACACAAGAAUCAAGCUCUUCUUCUUCCUCUUCUUCGUCGUCCUCAGAAGAGGUAACCUCAUCUAGCACAGGGACAGCUAGAGAGGGCGUGGUUAGUGACGUCACGACUACAGAAUCAACAACAACAGGACGCAUGACAACAUUCAUUUCUCAGUCUACAACGGUGAAAACAGCAACUUCCACAAGACAGUCAAAUUCUUCACAAACAACUGUAUCUGUUGCUGAAACCCAGGGCGUUGGAGACACAGAUCCAAAUAUUAAGAAUGAACCUGAUAAAGACUCUAUAAAGACGUCUUCAACGAGUUCUACAGAAGCUACAAAAUCACAAGUUGCCAAACAAGACUCUCCGAAUGUUUUAGUGUAUGUUUUAGCAGCGGUUAUUGGAAUCCUAAUCUUAAUUAUACUGCUUAUAGCAGUACUGGUCAGAAGAUCCGGGAGGUAA